AUGGCUAUAGUUGGUAGCCGAAGAAGAUCAGGGACGACCCAACAGAAUGCUAAUUUACCAAUUGUCUCUGCUAAUUAUAAAUGGAAGAAAUGGUCAUAUUUCGUUCCUCUUGUUGUCGCCCUUGCUGUUAUGUCAGACAUGGCCUUCGUGGAUCGUCUCCACUUCUUCUCUCAGCCUCCACCUGCCAAUCAAGAACCAACAAUACAACAGCUUGUGCAACUUAGUAAGAAUGAACUGAACACCAUGCCAUUUUUUGUCAAUUUUUGGGAUCAAAUUCAAAAUAAUGAAGAGAUUUCACUGCGUCUUGAAAAUCUUGUUAACUCUACCGAUGAUAGUAAGAUCGAUAUGGUGAUAUAUUGUAUUGGGAGGAUCAAAGAGAGUGAACACUCAAGGUUACAGCUAAGUCUGGCACUUUUGCUAAAGGAAAAAGUGGAUUGGAUUAAUAAUGAUAACAUAAAAAUAUUUGAUCCAAGACUGAGUGAUGAAGAGAAUGAAGCUUUGAGUGAAAUGGGUUUUCAAGUGUUGGAGAAUAAUGAGGGAGGUAGGCGAAAGGCGAAUGAACCAACAUUGUUCUACAUGCCUCAUUGUCCAGUGACUAUGUAUCUGGGUCUAAUGGAAGAAAACUUGGAAGACACAUUGAAUAACGUAGUGAUAUUAGGGAAUAGCUUCGAGAAAUAUAAAACUGAUUAUGAUGAUAGUAAUAAUGUCGACUCGUUGAGUGGAAAUUUUUCCCGUGAGUUCCAAAUUGUGAGAAACGUAGUGGAUAUAUUACCAUUAGUUCAAGUUGCCUUUAAACACUUAAGUUGGAUGUUUUGUUCAGAGUAA